AUGCGCGGUAACAUACUCAAAGCCUUUGAAGCUACAGGCGUCGCGCCGCCCUCUGCUGACGCCGUACUGCGGCGGUUCAAAACUACAACACCACAACAAGACGAGGACUUAGAUAUUGAAGAGCACGGUGACGGCAAUACCUGGGAUCAGCUGCGCAAUUUAUUUGAUGCUGUUGUCAAGAAUGCCGUCAAAGUUGAAGCCAAGUGGCUGAGCGCUUCAUUGUACUCGAUGCAGGUCCAAAAUGAGCUCCUCUACCACGAAAACGAAGGCCUCUGCACUACGCUUUCAACUGUAUACAGGCACAGCGUGAAGAGUAAAUCUCUAGAGCUUCAGCAGCGCAAGGAGAUUUGCGGCGCAGUUGCUACAAGUAGUAGUGUCGUUGCAUCUCCGCCGCCACAACCUCUAGUCAAAACAACAACGCGCAGACGUCAAAUCAAGUUACCGGGUAAACAAAUUAGCACAACUUGA